CGAGGUUCCGGCUGGGUCCGCCCGGGUGCGCCCCCCACGGGGAACCGGCGCCGGGGCGCCCCGGCCCCCGGGACGGCGCAGGGCCGCUCUGGCGAAGUGGGAGGAGACCCAAGAGGAGAGGAGAGGGGAGGAGAGGAGAGGAGGAGAAAAGGAGGAGAGAAGGAGAAGGAGGAGGAGACGCAGGAGGAGGAGGGAAGGCGGGCCGCGCUGCCCCCGCCCAGCGGAGCCACGGGAGCGCCGGGAGCCCCAGCCCCACCGCUCUCCCCUCCCUCCCACGCCUUCCGCCCGCACCUUGGGCCGUAGGUGCGCGAUCGGCCGCAGCCGCCUGGCCACAGCGGGCGCCGCGGGCUCCGCGUCCAUCAGUCCCCCCCGUCGCCGCGGGAGCUGCUAGGAGGCGUCAUGUAGCCGCAGCCGCGAGCCCCCCGCGGACCGGCAACUAUUUAUUUAUAUUUAUUUUUUGGGGGUGUCGGGGGCGCGGCCACACCGUCUCCCCGGCCCGCCUCCCGUCUGCGCGCCGCACCCGCCUCUCCAAGCCGAGGGGUCGGGUGAGGGCGGCGGCGGAUCCCCGCGCAGGAGCCAUGGCCGAGGAGGGCGCCGAGGUACCCCGCGAGCUGACAGAGAGCAUCAAGGACGUCCUUGGCAGGAAGGUCAGGAUCGGCCUCAAGAAGAAGGUCAAGUUGGAAGGGAAAGGGGACAAGCUUGAAAACAAGGUGCUGGUGCUGACGUCCUGCCGGGCCUUCCUGCUCGCAGCGCGGAUCCCCUCCAAGCUCGAGUUGACCUUCAGCUACUUGGACAUUCAGGGCGUCACCUGCAGCAAGCCCGCGCAGAUGGCCGUGGAAACCGAGAAGUACAGCUUGUCCCUGAGGAUGGCGGCGCCCGAGGACGUGAGCGAGGUGCUGGUGCACCUGGGCUCCUGCCUGCGGAGGAUCUUUCCCGGCCUGUCUCCCCUGAAAAUCAUGAAGAGGGUGUCCAUGGAGCCGCCGGAGCGGCUGGCCAGCCUGCAGGCCGAGUGGGACAGCCAGCCGGCGGCCGAGCAGGGCCCCUGUGGUGGGUUCUCUCAGAUGUACGCCUGUGUCUGCGACUGGCUGGGGUUCCCGUACAGGGAGGAAGUGCAGUGGGAUGUGGACACGAUCUAUCUGACCCAGGACACCCGCGAACUGAACCUGCAGGACUUCAGUCACCUGGACCACAGGGACCUGAUCCCCAUCAUCGCUGCCCUGGAGUACAACCAGUGGUUCUCCAAGCUGUCCUCCAAGGACCUCAGGCUGUCCUCCGAUGUCUGUGAGCAGAUCCUGAGGGUGGUGAGCAGGUCCGGGCGGCUGGAGGAGCUGGUGUUGGAAAACGCUGGACUGAGAACAGAUUUUGCACAGAAACUGGCCAGUGCGCUCGCACAUAACCCCGGCUCAGGACUGCACACCAUCAACCUCGCUGGCAACGCGCUGGAGGACCGAGGUGUGUCCUCUUUAAGUGUUCAAUUUGCCAAACUCCCAAAGGGAUUAAAACAUUUAAAUUUAUCUAAAACCUCAUUGUCACCUAAAGGGGUGAACUGCCUUUCUCAGUCACUCAGUGCCAACCCGCUGACCGCCACCACCCUCACGCACCUGGACCUCUCAGGGAACGCCCUUCGCGGAGACGACCUCUCGCCCAUGUACAGUUUUCUGGCCCAGCCCAACGCCCUUACUCACCUGGAUUUAUCCAGCACCGAGUGCGCCCUGGACAUGGUCUGCGCGGCUCUGCUCCGAGGCUGCCUGCAGCACCUGGCCGUGCUCAACCUCUCCCGCACCGUCUUCUCUCACCGGAAAGGGAAGGAGGUGCCGCCCUCCUUCAGGCAGUUUUUCAGCAGUUCCCUGGCGCUGACACACAUCAACCUCUCGGGAACCAAGCUGGCGCCCGAGCCCUUGAAGGCGCUGCUGCUCAGCCUGACCAGCAACCGCAGCCUGAAGGCCGUCUCCCUCGACCUCAGCAGCUGCGAGCUGAGGUCAGGAGGCGCACAGGUGUUGGAGGGCUGCAUCGCCGAGAUCCACAACAUCACCAGCUUGGACAUCUCCGACAACGGCUUGGAGUCCGACCUCUCCACCUUGAUCGUGUGGCUCAGCAGGAACAGGUCCGUGCGGCACCUGGCCUUGGGCAAGAACUUCAACAACAUGAAACCCAAAAACCUGACCCCCGUGCUGGACAGCUUAGUGCAGAUGAUUCAGGACGAAGAGUCGCCUCUGCAGUCCCUGUCCCUGGCCGACUCCAAACUCAAGACCGAGGUCACCAUCAUCAUCAACGCCCUGGGCAGCAACACGUCCCUGACCAAAGUGGACAUCAGCGGGAACGCCAUGGGCGACAUGGGCGCCAAGAUGCUGGCCAAAGCGCUGCAGAUCAACACCAAGCUCAGGACGGUGAUCUGGGACAAGAACAACAUCUCUGCUCAAGGCUUUCAGGACAUAGCCGUGGCCAUGGAGAAGAACUACACGCUGCGAUUCAUGCCAAUCCCCAUGUACGACGCUGCCCAAGCCCUCAAGACGAACCCCGAGAAAACGGAGGAGGCUCUGCAGAAGAUAGAAAACUACCUGCUCCGGAACCACGAGACCAGGAAGUACCAGCAGGAGCAGGCCUACCGCCUGCAGCAGGGCAUCGUCACCAGCACCACCCAGCAGAUGAUCGACAGGAUGUGCGUGAAGGUCCAAGAUCACCUCAACUCCCUGCGCAGCUGUGGGGGGGAUGCCGUCCAGGAGGACGUGAGGUCGGCCGAGCGGCUCAUGCGGGACGCCAAGAACUCCAAGACGCUGCUGCCGAACUUGUACCACGUGGGCAGCGCGUCCUGGGCGGGAGCCGGCGGCCUGCUGUCCAGCCCUGUGCAGGAGACGCUGGAGUCCAUGGCCGGGGAGGUCACCAGGGUUGUCGACGAGCAACUAAAGGCCCUGCUGGGGUCCAUGGUGGACGCGGCCGAGAGCCUGUGCCCCCACGUGAUGAGGAAGGCCCGCCUCCGGCAGGACCUGGUCCGCGCCGGCUCCGAGAAGCUCUCCGUGCCCCGCACCUUCGUGAGGAACGUCCUGCUGGAGCAGUCGGGCGUGGACAUCCUCAACAAGAUCAGCGAGGUGAAGCUGACCGUGGCCUCCUUCCUGUCCGACCGGAUCGUGGACGAGCUCCUGGACGCCCUGUCGCUCUGCCAUCACAGACUGUCCGACCACUUCAGCCGGCGGGGCCGGACCCUUCCCGCCCCCGAGGCCGUGGACGCGGAGCCCGUGGACGAGAAGCCGGCCCGGCGCCCGGUCCUCGCGGUGGAGGAGCUCACGGAGCUGGAGCGCCUGGAGGAGCAGGACACGUGUUUGAUGACCCCCAAGUCCAAGAGGAAGACGAUCCACAGCCGGAUGCUGCGGCCGGUGUCCAGGGCCUUCGAAAUGGAGUUUGACCUGGACAAGGCCCUGGAGGAGGUGCCCAUUCACGUGGAGGACCCGCCCCUCCCCAUCCCGCCCCGCCCCGCGGAGAAGCGGAGCUCGGGCCUCAUCCCUGAGCUGCCCUCGGAGGAGGGCCGGAAGCUGGAGCACUUCACCAAGCUGCGGCCCCGGCGCAACAAGAGGCAGCGGCCCACGCAGGCGGCGGUCAGCGUUGCGACCGUGGGCCCCCAGGACGGCGAGCGGAACGGCCUCAUGGGGAGAGUGGACGAGGGCGUGGACGAGUUCUUCACCAAGAAGGUGACCAGGCGGAGAUCAUCGGCCAGAGGCCCCGAGGCCCAGGACCCCGGCGACGGGGGCGACGAGAAGAAGAAGAGAGAAUCUCGCAGGAGCGGCUUCCUCAACCUGAUCAAGCCCCGGUCCAAGCCCGAGCGGCCGCCCACGGUCUUGAUGGCGGACGAGCCGUCCUCGCCCAAAGGGGCGGGCAGAGGUCCAGCCGUGGACACGCCCCGGCGGGAUGCGAGGCCGGCCGAGCACGACAGCGCUGAGCGGACAGAGGAGAUGCUGACGCCCGAGCCCCCCGAGGACGGGGAGGACGGGGGGCGGCCGGAGCCCGGCGACGGCAGGGGCAGCCCCCAGGGCAGCCGGCGGUAUGGCGUCCAGGUGAUGGGCAGCGGCCUGCUGGCUGAGAUGAAGGCCAAGCAGGGGCGGCGAGUGGCCGGUGCGCACAAGAAGCUCGGGAACGACGCCUCCCCGGACCCACCCAGCCCGGCAGCGAGCGAGGAGCAGCCGGAUGGAGGCGGGGCAGUGCCUAGACUGCACCCCGCGCUCCCGGGGACCCCAGAGAAGAGCGCCAAAGCGGACCCCCGAGUGGACGCGGGCUUCCGGGGCCGGAGCGCCUCCAACGCCAAGCCCGCCCUGCAGGCGCCCAGGCCCAGCCCGGCCGCGCGGCCCGCCCUCCCGCAGAAGCCCAGGACGCCCUCCCGGGCAGAGGACGUCCCGGACUCCCCGCCCGGCCUCGGCUCCCCCAGGGUCGCCCUGCUCCCUCCCGUCCUGAGGAAGGUGCCUGUGGACAAGGAGUGGGAAGGCCAGGGCAGCCCCCAGCCCAGCCCCAGGACCUUCUCCCAGGAAGUGGUGCAAAGAGGCGAUGGUGACAAAAGGCCCUCAGAUCAGGACAGUGGCAAGCCUUCCGGUGGAGGGGACAGACCUGCGAAACGCGGCCCUGUCCUGGCGGAGGCGGCGGCGAAGGCAGCUGGGCACCGGAAGCCACAGCCAACAACUGUUUGGAGGAAAAGCUGGGGCCAGCAGCCCCAGGAGUUCCAGGACCAGAAGCCGUGGCCCCCCAGCAAGGACGGCCGGCAGGGCAGCAAGUCCAGCGACUCCGGGGAGGAGGCGGAGAAGGAGUUCAUCUUCGUGUGAAGGUCACGGCCCCAGACGUCCGGGCCGGUGCCUGGCGGCCACCAGAGAGGCCCCGGGGCUGCCCCGCCUCCUCGGCCUCGUCUCUCGGUGCUGCUUCCCUGGCUUUUCCUUCGUCCUUCUUUCUGUUGGAACCAGAAACACAGCCAUUUCUUGGUGAUC